AUGUCUUGGAGAGGAGUGCUGGCUGUAGUCUUGUUUGUACUCUCCUGUUCUGGUGAUGCUCAAGACCGAAAGUAUGGAAUCUUGCAAUGGCCGGAAAAUGGUGCAGUCAUCUCCAAUUUAGAAUGCAAGAAGCAGAUGGAUCUGUUGCACGAUCAUUUGGAGAAACAAAUACCGUGGGCUUAUAAAAUGAUCGACUCAUCGUCGAAAAUCAACUAUGGAAUCCUCACUGGAAACGUCAUGGACUUUGGUAACUUCGACGAAUGCAUGGCCGUUUAUCAUAAAGACAAAGAGACGGGAAUCGAAAUCCGCCCGAAGUAUUGCACCUACAGUUUAAUGUUGUUCUUUCCGAAUCCCAUCAAAGGUGAUCCCAAGGAGCGCAGCAGUUUGCAUUACAGUAAAGAGGUUGAGAUAUUCGCGCCAAAGAUGAACAGAUCUUCCACGGUACAGGAGGAUUACAUAACGUUGGCUCUAUCCCUGUGCUUGCCAAGCGCCUGCAAACCAAGCGAAAUCGAAGCUUACAUUCCUUCGGUUUACGACAUGAAGACCUUCAACGAUGACAUGUGUCAAACACCGGAGACGGGAAAAGAAAUCGAUACCUCCGACAUAAUCGCAAUUGUUAUUCUAUCUAUCAUAAUGCUGUGCGUUAUUCUCUCGACGACCUACGAUUAUUACCUGCUGAGAACGAAGAAAGAAUCACCACAUCUCAUCCUGUUGGCGUUCUCAGUGUUGACCAAUGCGAGGAAAGUGCUGAAGACCACUAAAAAUCCUGAUCAGCUCAUGUGUCUGAACGGUCUGAGAAGCAUAAGCAUCAUGUGGGUGAUGGGUGGACAUCGUUAUUCCAUUCAACCUUACAUGCCGCAAAUCAAUAAGAAUCACAUCGACACGUGGAUGAAACAACCUGGCAGCCAGUACAUCUUGGGAGCACCGAUCGCCGUGGACACUUUCCUCUUCAUCAGCGGUUGCUUGAUGGCUUACGGCUUUAUCAGAUCUCAGAGUAAGCCGAACGCAAGGUUCAACGUGUUCAUGUACUAUCUUCAUCGUUACCUCAGAAUAACUCCGGCUUUGGCUAUCGUAUACUUGGUCCACGUAUCGAUCAUCAGACAUCUAUCGGAUGGUCCGAUGUUCCCGGAGAUCUUCAACACGAUCCGCGAUAACUGCUUGGAAUAUUGGUGGUCAACGUUCCUCUACGUUCAGAAUUACGUUAACAUGGAUAAAAUUUGUCUUCUUCACACUUGGUACCUUUCCAUGGAUAUGCACAUGUUCUUGGUAUCUCCGAUCCUGUUGAUUCCUUUGGUCAAGUACACCAAAGAGAUGAUUUACGUGCUGAGCGGGCUUCUGGUAAUUUCGAUUGUCUGUCCUUUCUUGAUCGUCUACUUCUACGAGAUCAAAAUGUUCGAUGAUUACUACUACGACUAUUAUUACUACGUUUCACACACGAGAUUGGCGCCGUGGCUGAUCGGUCUCCUCUGCGGUGCGAUCAUUUCCAUCUACAGGGACAAACCUUUCAGGAUCAAUUGGAUUACCAACGUCAUUAUUUGGACGGUUGUGCUGUUCGGAAUGAUCAACAUAAUCUACUGGGGAAACGACGUUGCCAAUCAUUACAACAUCUGGAGCACUUCCUUCUACUUAUCCUUGCACCGAGCUGCAUGGGCCGUCGGUUUAAGCUGGAUCACAUUCGCCUGCCUCAAAGGAUACGGAGGUUUCAUAAAUUGGAUCUUGUGCCUACCGAUUUUCCAAGUCAUCGCCAGAUUGAGUUUCUGCAUGUACCUGGUGCACUUCUCCGUGCUGGCUGUGAGUUUAGCCCGAAUCAGGACUCCCUCCGUCUUCUUGGAUUACGAAAUGCUGUACUCGUGUUUCGCUGAUGUCUUUGUAACUUUAGUCGUGGGUUUUGUUUGGGUGCUUCUCUUCGAAUCUCCAAUGGUCGUUCUCGAGAAGAUCAUUUUCUCCGGAGCAGGAAGGAAGCCGAAAGCACCGAAACCCGAUGAAGAGAUUGCCGUGAGGAGGCUGACCGACGUGGAGGAAAUCACUAAAAUCAUGAGAUUGAAUCUCAUGAAAUCGAAGGAUCCUGAAACGCCGAUUGAUGUCGUCGUAAGCGACGUCAAGGGAGAAGAAAUGGCCAGUAAAUACGUAUUCUUAAUUUUGGCUACAAUCGUCUUCGCUGCAUUAGCUCAAGAAAAUCCAUCUGAACAAGACAAUUUCGUUGCUCAUGAAAAUCUCCAGCAACCUGGAACUUAUCCAGAAAGCAAUUACGAUGGAUAUUUGGUGGUUGCAGAUUAUAAUGAGAAACCGCAAACCUUUUUAGCAUCUUUAUUACCAAAAGCAAAGUUGGCAACACAAUUAUCUCUCAGAGUAGUCACAACUGUGGCUCUCUACACCGUAACUGCUUUUUCGUUUUUGGCAGUCUUCGGAAUUAUGGCUAGUAUCGUGUGCACUUUUACUCCAGUUUGCUACAACUUUCAAUUGUGGAUCGCCGGACUGAGGAACGUCGAAAGUAUGCGUUCUUUGGUGAACACCGAUUACAUCGAUGCUGCUGCGAAUUUCGUGCAAGAAGCCGUCCUCAAGUACAAAAGAUUACAAAGAGCCAUCCAUACUGGAUAUUGA